CUGAGAACAGUAUAGCAUCCUGGUGAGCUGGGAAACGAUUCCACGCCCUGGCCGAAGCGUAGCAUAGAGGACGCGAGUAGAGGCGGCGGGUUCUUGAAUUCCUCCCUCCUCCGUUGUUGAACCUCCGCAUCAGCCCGGCAUGGAUGAGAAGAACUUCGGCAACAAACAACAAGCACAACCAAAGAAGGCAGAUGCAGUGACAGACAGUGUUCCGAGCCAAGAUCAAGAGACCUUGAAACAGUUUUCAGAUUCAGAUGCUGGAAACAUCAGCCUGGUUAAUGUCCAUGAGGCUGGAGAUGUGAACAUGGAAGCUGCCAUCUCCACUGAGGAUGUGGUGCGAGCCGGCGGGUUUGGAGCGAAAGACGACAUCGGUAGCCUCCUUCCAACAGCAGUAGAUUCAACUGACUUCGAGGCCUCUCUACGGGAUGCUCGUGAUUUCGAAGGCGAGAGAGAAGAACCAUCGCAUCCUGGACUGGGCUGGAAAGCAAAAGAAGUUGAUGAUGGAAGCAAACCAGCAGAUCUGCCGCAGCAGUGAUGACCGUGCUUUCUUCUCUUCUUGCCCAACUUCAGCUUCAGAAAAACACUUCGCUCGUGUUUCUGUAGGUGUUGCCACUUGCCAAGAAUUGCACUUUGUUUUAACUCUGUGCUAUAAUGUGUCAUGUGUAACAUUCUGUUGUUUCAGUGCUGUAUGAACAUGAGCAUAACAGGUCUUCUAUGUUGUCAAAACUCUGGAGGUCUGUGAAUGAAUAAUUAUAGUACCCAAUUUCCACUC